UUUGCUUGACUUCGUUCUUUCUCAUAUUGAAGUUUGUCGAAUUUUUGUCAGAUUUCUCUCAGUUUUAGAUCUCUUUUUAUAUCAUUUCUGUUCUCUCAAAUUUGAUGUUUUUUAGAGGCUUUAUUUUGUCUUUGGCAAGUUUAAGAUCUUUGGUGGAUUGCGAUUAUACUGCAGAGCUUUGACCGGCUUCAGCUUUUUUACUAUUGCGGAAUUCAGAAGAGAGAUUUAUAUCAACAGUUGUCAACAGCUUGCAACAUGUCUUUCCGUAGCAUAGUUCGUGAUGUAAGAGAUAGUAUUGGGAGCUUGUCUAGACGAAGUUUCAACGUGAGGUUGAGUGGACAUCAUAGAGGGAAAUCACAUGCUUCGUUAAAUGAUUUACAUGACCAGUCUGAUGUAAUUCAGAAUAGUCGUUGGGCUAGUCUUCCCGCAGAACUGCUUUUUGAUGUUAUCAAGAGGCUGGAGGAGAGUGAGAGUUCUUGGCCUGCUCGAAAGCAUGUUGUUGCAUGUGCUGCAGUUUGCCGGUCUUGGAGAGCUAUGUGCAAAGAAAUUGUUAAAAGUCCAGAGUUCUGUGGGAAGCUUACUUUCCCAGUUUCCCUGAAGCAGCCUGGGCCACGUGAUGGAACCAUUCAAUGCUUCAUUAAAAGGGAUAAAUCUAAUUUAACAUAUCACCUCUUUUUGUGUCUUAGUCCUGCCUUGUUAGUCGAAAAUGGGAAAUUUCUUCUUUCUGCAAAAAGGACCCAUCGAACUACUUACACAGAGUAUGUAAUCUCAAUGGAUGCCGACAACUUUUCAAGGUCAAGCAGUACUUAUAUUGGAAAAUUGAGAUCAAAUUUCCUUGGGACAAAAUUCAUAAUAUAUGACACGCAGCCACCAUAUUCCUCUGCUAAUAUCCCUCCUCCUGGGCGUACAAGUCGUAGAUUUUAUUCCAAAAAGGUUUCCCCAAAACUCCCAACUGGAAGAUAUAAUGUAGCCCAGAUCGCAUAUGAGCUAAAUGUGCUUGGAACCCGUGGCCCACGAAGGAUGCAUUGCAGCAUGCACUCAGUUCCAGCCUCAGCACUUGAGGCUGGUGGCACUGUACCUGGACAGCAAGAGCUUCUUCCUCGCUCUCUUGAGGACUCAUUUCGGAGCAUCUCCUUCUCAAAGUCUCUUGACCACUCAGUUGAAUUUAGUAGUGCACGAUUUUCUGAGAUCCAUGAUGAUGAUGAUGGAAAAAUGAGGCCCCUGAUUCUCAAAAACAAGGCCCCAAGAUGGCAUGAACAACUGCAGUGUUGGUGUCUGAAUUUUAGGGGAAGAGUCACUGUUGCAUCUGUUAAGAAUUUUCAGUUGGUUGCCGCUACACAGCCGGCUGUGGCUGCACCCACUCCAUCACAACCAGCUCCAGUGGACCAUGAUAAGAUAAUUCUGCAGUUUGGUAAAGUUGGAAAAGACAUGUUCACCAUGGAUUAUCGUUAUCCCCUCUCAGCGUUUCAGGCGUUUGCUAUAUGCUUGAGCAGCUUUGACACUAAACUUGCUUGUGAAUAGGACAAUAAAAACACAUACAAAAAAAGUGUUGUAAGUGCAAGUGGAAAAAACAGUAAUAACCACCAUUUCUUAGAGUUGCCCCUUUUUUUUUUCCUUAUUUUUAUUAGGAUAGAGAAUUAUUGUCAAUGUAAUUUUGUUGUAAAAUUGGAUUGUAACUUUGGUGAUGUCCCAAUGACAGGACUCACUAUUGUAAACACGCUUCUGAUUGUUACUUUUAACAGCCUUCGUUAUUUGUUA